UAGUCGCUAAUCAGCUCCACCAUAUAUACCUUCAAUUUCAUUUCAACUCAUUUCACAAAAAAAUCCAAAAAAAAUUUACAUUCCCUUCUCCACUCCGUUGUUUACAAUGAAGGCCGCUUUGAAGGGCAAAUACGACCUUGACCAGAACACCAGCGGCGCCGCCACCGUCGCCUUCAACGCCGGCGACGUCAAACUCCGAGCAUCCAUAACCGACGCCACUUUCAAAAGCGGCCCCAGCUUAACCGGCCUAGUCCUCGCCGUAGAGAAACCUGGCUCCUUCAGUGUCGACUACAACGUCCCCAAAAAGGAUUUUCGGUUUCAGUUCAUGAACACCGUUAGGGUUGCAGAGAAACCGUUGAAUUUGGCAUACAUACAUAGCAAAGGAGAUAACAGAACAAUUUUGGACGGAACGUUGGUGUGGGACCCAUCGAACAAGGUUUCAGCGAACUACGCUGUUGAAUCUGGGAACUGUAAAUUGAAGUAUAGCUAUAAUCAUAAGGGUUUGACUACAAUUGAACCUACCUAUGAUGUUGCUAAGAAUUCUUGGGACUUUGCAGUUUCUGGAAAAGUUUACGGUGAUGAUUCUCUCAAAGCUUCUUAUCAGACUUCAAGCAAGGUGUUAGGGUUGGAGUGGACAAGGAGUUCCAAACAAACUGGUUGCUUCAAGGUUGUGGCGUCCGUUAAUUUGGCGGAGGAAAAGAAAAUUCCCAAACUCAGUGUUGAGUCCACAUUGAAUUUUGAGAUGUAGCUUUCCAUCUGAUAUACCAGCUCAAUUGCUUGAUAGAUUGCUAUCUAGUUGUGAUGGCUUUUGUGGUCACCAUGGGGUAUAUUUUGCCUUUUCAGUAUUAUAUACUUGAAAAUGAUUUGAUCAUGUAAUGAGCUACUCGGAGGCGAUGAUCGUCCAUAUUAAACGUUUCAUUUUUAUUUUUUAACUGUUCUGAUACUUCCCUCAUAAUGAAGAAUCCUGUAAUGGAUUGCCUAUAUUUUGGGCACUUCUAUUCUCAU